UUGAAAGUUGGUUUGUCAAAGUCAGACAAAUAUUUUGAUAUAUUUUUGAUGCAUUUUUAUUGAAUUUAUAAAUGAAUUACUUCUUUUAAGGUAGAUAAAGUUGAUAAUUAAGAUGCUUUCGUCUCCCUCAAAUUCUAUGACGAAUAAUAGCUAUUCAAAUGACCGAGGCUCUAGUUUUGAAGCAGAGUAUGCUGUUGAUCCUGCUUCUAGAGAAUUUUUCCAUUCUGAUUUUAAGAAGCAUGACGACCUCAAAGAAAUGUUGGAUUCUAAUAAAGAUAGCUUAAAACUUGAAGCGAUGAAACGAAUAAUUGGGAUGGUAGCAAAAGGUAGGGAUGCAUCAGUUUUGUUUCCUGCUGUUGUGAAAAAUGUGGUGUCGAAGAAUAUAGAAGUAAAGAAAUUGGUUUAUGUUUAUCUUGAGAGAUAUGCUGAAGAACAACAAGAUUUAGCUUUAUUAUCAAUAUCUACAUUCCAAAGAGCUUUAAAAGAACCUAAUCAAUUAAUUCGAGCAGGUGCUUUAAGGGUUUUAUCAAGUAUUAGAGUUAAAAUGAUUGCACCAAUAGUGAUGUUGGCUAUAAAAGAUGCUUCAGCUGAUAUGUCUCCAUAUGUAAGAAAAACUGCUGCUCAUGCAAUACCAAAAUUAAACAGUUUGGAUCCAGAUAUGAAACCAGAAUUGAUUGCAAUUAUUCAAAAGUUGUUAGCAGAUAAAACAGUUCUUGUAAUAGGAUCUGCAGUAAUGGCUUUUACAGAAGUGUGUCCAGAAAGAGUAGAUCUGAUUCAUGAAGUAUUCAGGAAAUUAUGUGCCUUGUUGGUAGAUGUUGAUGAGUGGGGUCAAGUUACUAUUGUUAAUAUGUUGACAAGAUAUGCGAGGAGUCAAUUUUCUGAUCCUAAUCUGCAUGAAAACCAUGGUUCUAAUGGAGAGUUCUACGAAUCAAGUUCAGAAUCUUCAGAGAAACAUGUACCUAGUCUUGAUCCUGAUCAUAGACUGCUUCUACGUUCGACAAGACCCCUUUUACAAUCCAGAAAUGCAGCUGUGGUUAUGUCGGUUGCUCAACUGUAUCAUCAUGCAUCUCCAAGAAGUGAAAGUGUUCUUGCUGCUAAAUCUUUAGUCAGAUUUUUAAGGUCUCAUGUUGAAGUACAAAGCAUAGUUCUGAAUGCAAUUGCAUCAAUUAGUGUAACAAACAAAGGAAUGUUUGAACCUUAUUUAAAAAGCUUUUUUGUUAGGAUAUCAGAUCCUACUAAUGUAAAGUUGUUGAAAUUGGAAAUCCUUACUAAUAUAACAAAUGUUUCCAAUGUUUCCAUAAUUUUAAGAGAGUUGCAGACUUACAUUUCUAACAGUGAUAAAAAUUUUGUUGCUGCCACUAUCCAAGCUAUUGGAAGAUGUGCCUGCUCUAUUUCAGAAGUCACUGAUUCGUGCCUUAAUGGAUUAGUUUCAUUGCUAUCGAAUAGAGAUGAGGCCGUUGUAGCUGAGAGUGUAGUAGUCAUAAAAAGACUUUUGCAGACCCAAGCAGCUGAUCCCAAAGAGAUAAUCACUCACAUGGCUAGACUAUUAGAUAGUAUAACUGUUGCACAAGCUAGGGCUGCAAUACUCUGGCUUCUUGGAGAACACUCACAAAAAGUUCCUCAAGUAGCCCCAGAUGUUCUUAGAAAAAUGGCCAAAUCGUUUCCUGAUGAGGAUGAUAUUGUCAAAUUACAAGUAAUGAAUUUAGCAAUGAAACUGUAUAUCACUAAUCCCGAACAAACAUCUCUAUUAUGCCAAUAUAUUUGUAAUUUGGCUAAAUAUGAUCAAAAUUAUGACAUUAGGGAUAAAGCAAGAUUUUUCAAGCAGUUUACUCCUAAUCAAGAAGGCAAAAUUAGAUCUCAAGCUAAAAGAAUCUUUCUAGCAACCAAACCAGCUCCUGUUUUAAAACUUCAGUUAACAGGUCAAGAAGAAUUACAAUUAGGAUCAUUGUCUCAUUAUAUUAAACAAAGAGCUAAUGGUUACGAAGAUUUACCACCAUUUCCUGCCAAUCCUCCUCCUGGAGACGUCAGAAAUGUGGAACCAAUCAGAGGAGAAGAAACUAAGAUUCAUAAGAGUGUUGAUAAGAAAAGAAAAGAAGAAUUUACUUGGGAAUCAGAAGGUAGUUCAGGAGGCAAUAGUAGUAGUGAUUACGGCUCUAGCACCAGUUCAUCUAGUGAGAGCGAUAAUGAAUCAGAAGAAGAUGAAUCAAGUGAUGAAGAAUCUUCUGGAGAAGAGGAAUCUUCCAAGAAAGAUACUGAUCAAUCAGGAGAAGAAUCUGAAUCUUCUAGUGAAGACUCGAGUUCAGAAGAAGAAGUAUCAAAUCCAUCCAAACCAAAUUCAAAAAUAGAAAAUAUGAAUAACAACAUUAAUUCUGUUAUAAACAGUAAAAAAUCAAAUUUGGACUUGUUAUUAGAUUUAGAUGACAUCGAAACGCCGGCUCCUGUUAUGACUCCUUCCUUUGGAGGAUUCUUUAGUCCUUCAAUACCAGUAGAUGUACCAGCUAGUAUACACGUUGUCCAGCCAGUUUAUCAUAACACCAAGACUAUGGAGCUGCUGAAUAGAAUUAAUGGAAAAGGACUAUCGGCUACUUACAGGUUUACAAGAAGUCCUCAUCUGUAUUCACCCAGUAUGACUAAUAUAAAUCUGGUUUUUAUGAAUAAUUCAAGUGGGGAUAUUGAAGAUAUAAGAAUUGGAAAGAAGAAUUUGGCAGUGGGUAUGAGUAUGCACAAUUUUACUUGCAUACCAAAAUUGCCCCCAAAUUGCUCUUUUCCUGCAACUUUGGGUAUUGACUUUAACGAUACCAUUCAAUCAGCAAAUUUUGAGAUUGUGUCUUCCUUAGGUAAUUGUAAUGUGUCUCUAAAACCGAGUAUUGGAGAGCUUCUACGACCAGUUUCUAUGAGCUCAGCAUUGUUUCUCCAACAUCAAACAAAACUACGUGGUAUGACUGAGCAUUCCAGACCCCUGAUUAAAUGUGUUCCAGAUGUUGAGGAGAAAAUUAAAGAAUUUACUAAUUUAGGUCCUUGUGAUCGAUCUGAUCCGAAAGCCUACAGGUUUGCAGCUCAAACUUUGACAUCUUCCUCUCUGAUUUUAGUAAGUGUUGAAACAGGUGAAGCUCCAACUUUGACUGUUAAUUGCGAAAACAUUGUAUUUGGCUCUGUUAUGCUUAGCGAGUUGUUAUCUAAACUUUCUUUGUAAACUUUCCUUAUUUUCAAACAAGAUUAAAUCUAUAUUUAUUUCUUUCUGUUAAAUAAUUUUAUAUCGAAAUUAUUUUAUUCUAAAAUUACUUGUUUUGUAUUAAACUCAUUUGUAUACAUCUGUUGA